AUUUUAUUUUAUUUUAAAAUGAAUGAAAUUCAACAAAAAUAUAUUCAACUCGUUAAAGAAAUUACACGAUUGCAAUGGGUUCGGGAAUCUUUACCUUCACAUUCAAAAUAUUAUGAAGGCUUAAAAAAAAAGCUUUUAAAGCAAAUCGGCUUAAAAGAAUUUUCCGAAAAAGAAUUGAGAAAUUAUCAAAAUGAAAAAGAUAAUCAACAUCAUUAUUCAAUAUCAAAACUUGGAUUGUUCAAGACGAAUGAUACACCAACAACAACAACUACUUCCUCUACUAAUUUGAUUGAAUCUGUAAAGUUUUAUGAAAACGCAAUUCAGCAAUUACAGGCGCAGAUUGAUCAAGCGAAAAUCAUGAUGGAUGAAUUAAAGGAAGAAAGAAUAAAACUCGAUAAAUUAUGUAAUGAAUUACAUGUGUUAUAUGAACAAGUUAUUAUAGAUGACCCUGAAGACCCCACUUUCAUAUUUGAACAGCAUUUAAAAAAUGAAGUAGAGCAGUUAUCCAAUAAUAUUCCUAAUAUUGAAGAUAAGAUUAAGAAAUAUACAGUAGCUCAAGAUAAAUUAUAUAGAGCAAGAGAAUUAAUAGAAACAGCAAUGAAAUCAUUACCUGGUGCUUCUACUUUUAUGGAUAGACAAGCAAUAGUAGCAAAGCAAAUACAUAAUAAUCCAACCUCUUUAUUUGGUAAAUCAGUAUUAGUUUCUUCUGCUAUAAUGGAACCAAUUCAUAAUGUAGAAAAGAUAGCACAACAAUCUUAUCAACUUGUUAAGGAGGCAAGUGAGAUAUGUCCAGACGUACCACUCAUACCGAAUACUAUGUUACGAAAAGAAGAAUCAAAUGUUGUUUAUAUUUUAACUACUUAUCGAGGAUAUCGUCUCAAGAUAGAAUAUGUAUUAAGAACUCAAGUUAACCCAAGACUUCAUAGAUUUGAAAAUCAAUUAGCAAUGACAAAAUAUCAUUAUGAACAACGUGUAAUUGAAUGGACAAAUCAUCAAAUUUUAUCUUUAGAAAGUUAUUUAAGAUUGAAUGGGUAUUUAGUGAACGAAAGUUUAGAAAGAGAGAUUAGCAUGUUACGUAUGGGCUCAAGAGCAGCUUUAGCAGCAGUAGCGUCAGAGACAAGUGAAAGAGUCACAGUUGAUGACGCAUUAGAGAUAUCAUCAGAUCAUCCUACUAUUUUACCAGAAUACACCAUAGAUAACCGUCAUUUAAGAGAUGAACAAAAUAACGUAUCAAUCAUAACAAGUCAUAAUAAUGCAGAUGAAUCUUCUAAUAUUAAUUUACCUGCCUAUUAUUCAUCAGAGCAACCUGCUGAUGAUUUACCUCCACCAGCUUACACAAGAUAAACUUUCAUCUACCAGUAUACCAGCUUUAGUUAUCAUGUGUGUGUGUGUUUUCUUUUUGAAUUGAAUACUAUAGUAGACAAUAAAGAUAAUUAUCCUCCUUUGUCUAUAAAGAAGAAUCUUAAUGUUGCACUUGGAUAUAUGUAAAUAAGAUUACGAUGAUAGCAUUAUAAGACAUGCCAUAUCCUAACGCUUCUCUUUAGCAUUGACCUUUUUAUAUCUGGAAGUUUAUGAGUGUGGCUGAUAUUAAACUAUUAUUGAAGUGAAAAGUACAAUUCCAAAUAAAUAGUGAAUUUAAGAAAUCCAUUUUUUUUAUAUACAUGUAAGGUUUAAAAACUUCAAUUUUAUUAAUGGUUUUGUAGAGAAAAAAAAAACCCCUUCCCAGAUAGCAGAUCUUCGUAGUAGUUAAUAACUUUUAAUAAAACCCGCUUAGUUAAUGGAAGAAACCGGGUAAAGUAGAAUGAUCACCACAAAGAAUGCUG